UCUAGUUAUAUAUUAAUAAUAAUGGACAACGAGGAAGUAUUUGCUCUUCCAGAUCAUUUGGUUGACCAUGACUACUUCCUGCCAGUUGUAUAUGAAGAUGAUCAUAUACUGCGUGAAGAAGAAGUAGAGGAAUUGGUAGAAGAAGAAGUAGAACAAUUGGACGAAGAAGAGGAAGAGGAACCAAUUGUCAGAGUGUCGGAAACAUACAGAUUGAUUCCUGGGGUUCAUAACCGAUCGAGGAUAUAUGUUGACAACUUGGGAUUCAAGUAUUACAAACGAGAAACUCGUGGACAACGCGUGUAUUUAGUAUGCGAACGGCAGAAGCAACAGAACCAGUACUGCCCUUCCACUGCAACUGUUAGUGCAAAUUUGAACGACAACAGAAUUCGUCUAGGGUACUACCACGACCAUCAGCCCAGAGUGAUCGACCUGAAUGUGCCGUUUUUGAGGGAAACCAUAGGUGAAAGAGGAAUUGAUCCAGCAGUUGCAACCUCAUUUAUGAAAACUUUGUGCAACAACGAAAUUAUCAACCAUCCAGAAGCAGCUCCCAACUACACAUUUAUUCAGGCUCAAGAACGAGUGAAAAAGAUGAGACGUCGAAGAUUCCCGGCGCAACCCCUUGAUAUUGGACAACUUGCAGUGGCACUGAAUGAAGCACGAAAUGCCAUUUACGCUCUUACAGUUCAAAAUCCUCCAUCUAGGUUCUUUCAACAAGCAUUGGUCGUCAAUGGAAGGAGUGUUGGUGUGAUCUUUGCGAACAUGGAUGCAGUCAACAAAUACAGAGAAGAAUUGGCCACUGGUUAACCUAACCUAACCUAACCUAA